AUGCACCUCCUGGCCCCGCUCACCCUCUGCCUGGGCCUCUGGGCAGGGCUCAGCGCUGCUGUCAUCCCAGCGGAGGAAGAGAAGCCAUCCUUCUGGAAUAAGCAGGCAGCCGCAGCCAUCGAGGCUGCCUACAACAUCCAGCCAAGGAUAAAACAAGCCAAAAACCUCAUCCUGUUCCUCGGCGAUGGCUUCGGGGUCCCCACCAUCACGGCCACUCGCAUCCUGAAGGGUCAGCAGCAGGGGAAGCUGGGCCCUGAGACCCCCCUUGCCCUGGAUGCUUUCCCGUAUGUGGCUCUCUCCAAGACGUACAAUGUGGACCGUCAGGUCCCCGACAGCGCAGGGACGGCCACCGCCUACCUCUGCGGCGUGAAGGGCAACUACAAGACCAUAGGGCUGAGCGCGGCCGCCCGCUUCGGGCAGUGCAACACCACGGCGGGCAACGAGGUGAUCUCAGUGAUGGAGCGAGCCCGCAAAGCUGGGAAGGCAGUGGGCAUCGUGACGACAACACGGGUGCAGCAUGCAUCACCCUCGGGGACCUACGCCCAUGUGGUGGACCGUGACUGGUACGGGGAUGCCAACAUGCCCACGAAUGCCCGCAAGGAAGGCUGCAAGGACAUCGCCUGGCAGCUGGUCCACAACGUUGACAUCAAUGUGAUCCUGGGGGGUGGUCGGAAAUACAUGACCCCUGAGGGGACAGUAGACCCCGAGUAUCCCACCUACCCAGAUCAGAACGGGACACGCAAGGAUGGCACUAACCUCAUAGACAAGUGGCUGACAGCUCGAAAGGAGGGUGCCCGCUAUGUCUGGAACAGGACGGAGAUGCUGGCUGCCGCCGCUGACCCCAAUGUGAAAUAUUUGAUGGGUCUCUUUGAACCCGGUGACAUGAAAUACAAUCUGACGCGUGACCCCGCCAUGGACCCAUCGCUUGCCGAGAUGACAGAGGCGGCCAUCACCAUCCUGAGCAGGAACCCCAACGGCUUCUACCUCUUUGUUGAAGGUGGCAGAAUCGACCACGGCCACCACGAUGGUAAAGCCCAUAAGGCGCUGACGGAGGCGGUGGAAUUCGACUGGGCCAUUGAUCGGGCGGGCAAACUGACAGACGAGGGGGACACCCUCACCGUCAUCACUGCCGAUCACUCACAUGUCUUCUCCUUCGGCGGCUACACCCUGCGUGGCUCCUCCAUCUUCGGUGUGGCCCCCAGCAUGGCCUCUGACGGUAAGAAUUAUACAUCCAUCCUCUACGGGAACGGGCCAGGUUACCCGAAUGCUACACGGCCUGAUGUGAAUGAUACCGAAGCUGGGCACUAUGAUUACAACCAGCAGGCGGCUGUGCCUCUUGACUCGGAGACCCACGGCGGUGAGGAUGUGGCCAUCCUGGCCAAGGGCCCCAUGGCUCACCUCUUCCAUGGGGUGCAGGAGGAGACCUACGUGGCCCAUGUCAUGGCCUACGCUGCCUGCAUCGAGCCCUACGCUUCCUGCCGCCAGCGGGACUCUGCCCCCAGCACCCGCGCCACCCCCCUGGCCCUGCUCCUUCCCAUCCUCCUCCUGCCCCUCUUCUACUGACCCCACAGCCCCAGGGGACCCCACAGGUACUGCUGGACCUGCAUCCCUCCCUCCCCAUGGCUGCAGCACCUGAAGGUGGCCAGCAGCUCUUUGGAGCAUCCCUAGUCCAGAUGUGGCAGCUGUGGGGCACCGAAUUCUGGACAUGGGGGUGCCCUAUGCCACCUGCGUGGGGUGCUCAGUAGUUAAUAAAUGUGGGGUGUGAUGGCUCCCGUACCGUA